AUGCAAAAUCUAAAUCACGGUAUCGUGACGGUGGAACACUUUUUACAAAACUACGUGGCAGCGAACCUCGUUUCACAAAACGCGCGGAAAACAGAAACAACGUUUCUCGAAGCAUGGCCUAUGCGACUAGUAUCAAAGCUGUUUCGCAUGACAGUGUUGAGAUGCAAACUGGUCGGCGCAGAAGGGGUAGUGGAUGGGGUCCAAGGGGUCCGAGGCCACCAACGACGGCGUUUUGAUGGGUCCUCACAAAUCCCUGCACCGCCGGCCGACACGGCGAAUUGCGAGGCGGCUCGUACGACCCUGCCUUCCAAUCCAGACAUAGCGGCCUUCAGGAAAUGUGCGAAUGACAAGCCCAUCAGUGUCCCCUGCUGCCGCAAGCUGAUGCCAUUCGCCAAGUACUACGACUGUCUGAGCGUACCCUCGUACCGCACCGAGGUGGACACGUUUCUGAAGGGCGUGACUACCGUGGCCGAGGUGGAGAAGGCCUGCAUAUCGUAG